AUGUCAACAACCAGCUCCAACUCGGCGCUUGAUGUGCUACCAGGUUUUCAAAGCGCAGUCUUUGUCGACCAUCUCCUCCCCGGUCGCGCCCAAGACACCGACGUCAUGGAGCAAGGGCACAAGAUCAAAGCGAUCAUGGAUGAGCUCGAGGAGCAGUACGUACAUGUCCUCGGUGACGUCCAGAGCCGUCGCUUCACCAUUGCGGCCAAUUGGGACACCGAGCGCAACCUUCCCAUCGUCUACAAGGACGGCGAACGUACAGAUGCUCUCACCAGUCUCAUGGUCCACCACGCUACAUGCAACAACAGCCACAGCUUCACCUUCUUCAUGCCCGGCAGCAGCGGCAGGAUCCGGCCUUGCAGCUACUUCUGUCCGUUCCUGUUCAUUGGAUUGUACAAGCAUAUCUACAUUCGCAACUCAAUUGGCAACGUUGGGCCCAUGCCGCAUGUGCCGCCGAAUCCAGAGGAGGGCAGAGCUCUCGACAUGGUGGUUUCGGCUUAUCAACGCGUUGGUUUUCUCCCUGCGCACAGCUCUCUGGAGGAAGCGAACACUCUGAAGACACAAGCCUUGGACCUUCUUCGCACGACCGAGGCUGAGAUGCUCACGGCCCAGCUGAUGAUGUCCCGAGUUAUGGGCGAAGACGUGCUCAGUACAGUGCGCAAGGAUGACCAUGACGACGGCCCCGCCGCUGAGGGAGGACAGGGUGGAAUUCCCGCCACUCUUCACGACCAGCAUACUGCUACGGCCGGCAACUCUGCCAGCCAGGCUGCUGCCUCAACUCAGACGGCGCCUCACAAGACAACGCUCGCCGUCAGAUCAAAGACGUCAUCUGCUGGCUACCCCACCCAUUCAAGCGCUGAUGACAAUCUCUCCUUGAACUAUUACGCUCUGGAUCCCAGCAAUGGCAAUGAGUGGCAUCGCCCUGUCUCGUUCAACGCCAACAUGAUGCAAUGGCUACCGCCUCAGACGCAAAGCAGCAUGGCUCGCUUCAUUGCCAGUCAGGAAGCUGUCAAGUCUACCGAGGGUGUUGAUGCCGACCUUGGCUCAGACGAUGCUCGUAAGCACACCGAUGGCGAAGACGUCCUUAGCACGGAUGGCGAAGACGUCCUUAGCACGGAUGGCGAAGACGUCCUCAGCACGGAUGGCGAAGACGUCCUCAGCACGGAUGAUGACUUCGACCUCUUCGACGCCGACAUCUAG